GCAGGAGGCUUUGUAGUGAAUUAUCGCCCUCAGAGCAGCAGCAGUGCCUCGAAGGAUGUGCUGCACGUCCCGUUUUACAGAAGACCUGUUUGUGUACCGUUUAUAUUUCUAACCGUGCGUAAAAGAGCCGCGGUUUCUCCAAGCGUUUUGUUCUGUGAGUGCGACCUCACCAUCAAGCCGCUGGGGGGCUUACGGAGGAGCACGCAGCACCCGGCUUUUUGUGAAUGGGAUGCUUGGUUUUUGAUUCACCAAGAUCCAACUUCACAGUGAAAAUUAUAUUGAAGUCUGAAACCAAAACACAACAUCUUCAUCAUGCCAAUCCUGAAGCAGCUUGUGUCCAACUCGUCCCAGACCAAACGGCGCACCCGUGUGGACCUGACCAGGGAGAUGAUCAGUGCACCCUUGGGUGACUUCCGUCACACCAUGCACGUGGGCCGCAGUGGUGAUGCCUUUGGUGACACCUCGUUCCUCAGCACACGCUCUGGGGAGCCUCCAUCUGAAACCACUUCCUUCCCCCGCUCCCCUCGGCCCGGCCUACUGUCUCGCACGUUCAAGAGCAGCAAGCGCUCCCAGUCUGUGACCAGGGUGGAUAACGCUCUGCUCUGCCCUGAUGGCUCACCCACAUAUGUCAAGAAUGCCAUGUCUUUGCCUUUCCUUAAUAAUCAAGAUGGAGGGGACAGCACGGGACCCACAAGUCUAGCCUGUAGUCCAAUGAAACCACAAACAGAUGAUGGAGGAGCUGCAGCUGCUGCCAACUAUUUAGUGGAAAUUCAAGAACGCAGCUUUGGGGAGCUGACAGAACUUCCAGAGACCUCUCAUCACUUUGGAGGUGGGAUGAAGCAUGCUGAAUCUGUAAUGUCCUUCCAUGUUGACUUGGGUCCGUCCAUGCUGGGUGACAUUUUGGGUGUCAUGGAUAAUCAAGAUGAUGAUUUAGGAUUCGAGGAAGGCAAGAGCAGUGAAGGCCGCGGUUCACCUCCACUCAGCCACCACGAAGAAGAGGAGAGCCUGGGGAGAGAGGAGGGUAAAGUGGAGGAGAUGAUGGCAGAGGAACAAGGAGGGAGUGAUUUGCAGUUGACACAUCCGAGCAACGCUUUUGAUCUGGGGCCAGAGAACGGAGGGCCCUACACGCCCGAGUACACUCCGGAGAUACGACCCAAACACCUGCAACAUCUGGACAGCUGCUCCAUGUCCAGCUCCGGCUCUGCUGCUCUGGAUGACAAACAAAUGAGUCAAACAUACACAGGAGAUACAGACAGCGCCACCUUCAGUGCACCACCAGAAGAGGAGAGCAACUUUUCUUCCUUUAUGGAGGAUGAAGAUGAUGAGAUUCGAGUAUGAAAGGAAAAACUCACUGCCAUGGGCUUUGGAAGAUGUUGUCCUUUGACUGCGUGAAUGGAACAGUAGGUGUGGGAAUGGGAUUGUUAAGAAGAAAUCUCUCCAAAAAGCGACUGCUCCUUUAGGACGUGCACUUUUUGAUCGUCUGUCAAUGCUUCUGUGCCUUUGAGAAAGUGACACAGGAGAGACUGCUCUUUUUCACAUACAUUCCACACAUUAGCAUGGCAGCAGUGCACAAGUAGGACGGGCUGGAAAGGGACUAUUGUAGAGAAAACACUUCUUCAUAACUAAAGCUUGGGUUCACGCUUCUCUCUCACUUGAUGUGCUGUUGCUUUUCUCACCGUGCUCUGACUCUGUCUCUGGCUGUGGGGACAUCAUGAGGCCCGUGCUGAACAGAAGGCCCCUGUCAUAGCGGGGAUCACUUGUGGGUGGUCUGUCACAAUGAAAAGGGGACUGUGUUUUUCAGCAGUGUGUGAAAAACCGUCUUACUCCCUCCGCCUUGAGUCGCUGUCGUCUGAAAAUAUUUUAGCAAAGUGCCAUAGAUCUGUCAAGAGUUUCCUCUCUCAUGUAACUCAGGGUCACAGCGCUCAAAGGCUCCCAUUUCCGCCUGAAAAUCUAAGCUCUGCUGUUUUAGAAUGUGCCCCGUCCACAAAAACAUCUUGGUAAUGUACUUGUGAUUAAAGAGCUGAAUAGUAAAAAGAAAGUCUUUUUGGGGCUGCACUAAAGUGGCAUUAUUACAAAGGAAAGUGUGAAUCUCAAAAACUUUAAAAAGCCCUAAAAUGUGAGAGAUAUUUCUGAAUGUUCAAAUUGACGAGAAAUGAUUUCAAAUCUGUUGUAUCAGGUUGAAAAUGAAAGGUGCAGCACAACCACUUCCUGUCAUGUUUUGAAAAGUUGGGCUAUAUGUAUGCAGCAGUACUGUGCACCCAAGCAUCCACUGUGUUCAGAGCAUCACUACUUCUAUUAAAAGGGCAUUAUACAUUGUUUAUGGUCAAACACUACAGACGUCCAUAGCCAGUUUCUUAAUAUGGAAAUUACUAUUGUACAUUUGAAACUGGAGAAGCCACAGCCAGCAAAGCCUUAAAUUUAAAAAUGCCAUUUCGAAGGUACGCUUGUUACAUAGUCAUUGCAUUUUGACUGUAUCUCUUGCAUCACUAAAACUCAUAUCCACAAGUACUGGGGCACCCUUGGAUUUAAUUGAUUUUGUUGCCUUAACUAUAACUGACACAUGUGCCAAAUAACAAUUUUCUAGCCAAAACUUAUUUCCAUCAUGAGGCUUCUGACUUUUUGGAAGGACCUGUCAAAUCUGUCUCUCCACAAGGGUAAUCACAGUUAAAUUGGAGUAAGAGUUUCUCACACAGGAAAGAAUAAAUUAGCAUAACUGGAUGUGUACUCAAACACUACAUUGUGAUUUGGCUGUGAGUGCGAAGGCUAGGCAGUGUGUUUUGUCUGCAAUGUUGGAUAUUAAGCCUUAAUGUCGUCCUUUUAUAUUGUAUAUUUACAUUGUCUUUCUUUGUAUUCAAAAUAACAUAUAUUUUGUCAAUAAAAGAAGUAAUGAACAGUUAAAA